AGUUUUGUUCAUCACUUUUUAGGAUCCAUUUAUCAUGUCUCUGCAUGAGUUAUACUACCGCAUGGCUGAAGGGAAACUUGAUCCUAAAGAGAUUAACAACACAUGUGCUGCACCUGAUCAAUCUUCCCGACCCAAGAAUGAUUUGUUUGAGCUGGUUUGGGAAAAUGGUCAUAUUUCAGUGCAGGGUCAAUCUAGUAGAGCUAAAAAGAGCUCAACUUUAAAAAACUUGCACAGUCCUAUGGGUGAAGAUAAAGAUAAAGAAGUAGGAUACAAUAUAAAGAUGGGAAAGUAUACUGAAUUGAAAGAAAUCACAAGGCCACUCCCUUCAAGUGAAGUAGAUUUUAGUCAAGAAGAGCAAGACCUCAUUCCUUGGUUUAAUUAUGGAAUGAUCAACUCUUUGCAACAUGAAUAUAGUUCUGAUUUUCAUCAACUAUCUGGGGGCACCAUGAAUGACAUCACAACCUCAAAUAACUUUUCUUUACUAGUUAGAAGAAAUAGUUGUAAUAAGAUACACUCUUCAUGUCAUGUUUUAAGUUCAGAACAAGGGAUCCUUUCCAAGGGAUCUUCAGCUGCAGCUGGAGAAGUUGACAGUGACACUCCUAGAACUAAAGCUAGCACCACCAAUCACUUAUACCAGCCAUCAUCAAUGCAUCAAUCUCAAAGAUCAUUUGCAUCAGUUAGAUCAAGAAUAUCAGAUAUAGCUGAAAAUAAUACUAACAAUGCAACCCAGCAUGAACAAAUCCCUCUGAUUCCAUCGGCCUCAAGGGGUUUUUCUAGCUUGCAAGGUCCAGUUAUGUCUAGCAAUAGCUCCAAUAUGAUGAAUUUUUCCCAUUUUGCAAAACCCGCUGUUAUUGUCAAGGCUAAUCUUGAGAGCAUUGGCUUGACACCAAGAUCAGCGAGUGUAGGAGUGAAGAAUAAAGGUGUUGCCGCAACUGGAAGCAAUCCUACUGAAUCAACACAAGUUGAUUUAAGUGGAGAAUGUCCACAUAAAUCACCUAUACACUGUUAUCAGGUUGUUGAACCAUCCAAGUUUGAGCCAAAAUCUGCUGAGCAUGAUGCUGAUGUUUCUACAAAGUCUGAACCUUCUGGUAAAGAAGAUGUGCCUAAGAUUGAUCAAAAGUCAUAUCUAGUUGUUGGUGAAAGUGGAAGAAAAGAACAAGAAGCUCUUGAAAAAAGGGUGGAGCCAGCAGUAGUAUCUUCCUCUGUUUGCUCUGGCACUGGUGCAGAGAGAGGUUCACACCAGCCAAAUCAAAAUUUGAAGCGAAAAAGUCUAGACACUGAGGAUUUUGAGUGCCACAGUGAAGAUAUUGAGGAAGAAUCAGUUGGUGUUAAAAAGGAAGCUCCUGCCAGACGAGUUGGCUCCAAGAGAAGCCGUUCAGCUGAAGUGCAUAACCUAUCUGAAAGGAGAAGAAGAGACAGGAUCAAUGAGAAGAUGCGUGCAUUACAAGAACUCAUACCAAAUUGCAAUAAGGCGGAUAAAGCUUCAAUGCUGGAUGAGGCAAUUGAGUAUCUUAAAACACUUCAACUGCAACUUCAAAUUAUGUCAAUGGGAACUAGUUUAUACAUGCCUACUAUGAUGUUACCUGCGGGAAUGCACCACAUGCAUGCAUCACAUAUGACUCCUUUUCCACCAACGGGUAUUAGCAUGCAAAUGGGGUUGGGUUGUGGAAUGGGCAUGGCUGAUGUUAAUGAUGGAUCUUCCACAUUCCCAAUGAUUCAAGUGCCCAAAAUCCAAGCAACUCAAAUUCCGGUUGCACAUGCACUUGGAUCCAAUGCUUUAAAUGGAAUGGCUAGAUCAAAUCCUCAAGUGUUUGGGAUGACAAUGCCACAUGCUCCCAUGUUUUCUUUUUCAGGAGAACCUCUUAUGAAUAUACCAGCUCUAGGACUAAAUGCUUGUGGAACAACAGGGCUUAUGAAAGCUAUGGAUUUGGCUUCACCCUCUAGCUUAAAGGAUCCAAUGCCAACUAUGAAUUCACAUGUUGUGCAAAACACUAAUGCUUGUAACUCAACAAAUCACAUGUCCACGCAGUGUGAAGCAACAAUUGGUGGAUUUGAACACUCAACUUGUGAACUUAAUUUUGGUCAUGCCUCUUCAGCAACUGACAGAGCUGUUAAUCAUGGUUAUGAUUGAUGCAUUGACUGCGGCUAAUAACACAAAUUCUCGUAUCAUCCCAACAAGUUCAAUCUAGAGUUCAACAGAAGAUACUUGAAAGCCAUUUUGGGUCGUCACAGUAAUCAUUGGGAUCCCAAUUUUUACUACAUCGAUUUUGACGUCUUUGGACAACACUCGUAGUCUUAUACAUUCACUGUAGUGACUAACUUCUAAAGUUCUUUCUUUUUAGUACUUAGGAGAGUUAUAAAAUAUUUUAAAAAAUGAAUAAUGAAUGCUUAGAACGUUAGGUUAUAAUGUCUUAUUUUCUUUCUUUUAUUUUGAUAGGUAUUUAAAGUGAUAAAAUAUUAUUUCAGAUAAAAAAAUUAACCCUUCUUUUCCUUUCCUUCUAAACUCCAUUAUCCAAACAUACCCUUCGGUCAAUAAUUGACCAAGCCUCUUCACGUUUUUGUGUUCUACAGUGUAUUUUAUAUUUUGUACAUUAAAAGUAAGUAUGGGCUGUUCAUACUGUUCUUUUUAUCACUUAUGUUGCUGUAUUUCUUAGUGGGUUUAUACCGUGUUUUCAUGAAUCAUAAAGUGAUGUUGAUUUG